AUGUCUGAAGAAGAAGAAUAUUCUGAUAAUGGUUAUGAUAUGGAAGAAGAGGAAGAUGAUGGAAUUGAAGCACCUGACUUCCUCGUCCCAGAAACUCUUGAACAAGAUGAACAAGAAAUUGCAUAUUAUGCAAAAAAGCUUGGUAUCGAUCCAGAAGUUAACGAAUGGGAUAGUUAUUUGAUUGAUAACGGUUAUGCAAAAAUUUUAGAAGGAAUUACAGCAGGCCGUCCAACAAAGAAAAAGCAAAAAGUGGAAAUGGUCAAAGCUGUUAGAACUGAGGAAGAAGAAGCUGCAAGACGUGAAUUUACAGGAUUUUUGAACAGAAUUGCUCCAUCAAAUUUCAAUAUUAUUUCAGCUCAAAUCAGAGAAGCAUUUGCAAAGCACGAUUCGAAAGUUUCUAAGGCAAUGUUUACAAGAUGCAUUACUCAAAGACUUUAUUCCGAUGCAAUUUUACCUGAUAUGUUUAUCGACGUUUAUUCUCGAUCUUUAUUAGAAGUUCCAGAUGCCAUACAACCAGUUGUUGACGCUUUAAAUAGUUCCGAUAAAAAAGAUACUAAAAAUGUCAAAAAUUUUUUGGAAGCUCUUGGAAAAGAUACAGUUUCUUACUAUUCAUCAACUGACGGAAAGAAUACAACCAUCGAUGAAGACGUUACUAAGCUCAAUAAGAUCGCCAGCCAAAUGCAUAUGACAACUGACGUCAGAAGAGGCGUUUUCUAUGCUCUUAUGACCGCUGUUGAUGUCAGCGAUGCAGUUAUGAAGAUUUCCAAGCUACAGCUAUCAAAAACCAUGAGAAAAGACGUACCCGUUGUUAUAAUCGAAUGUUGUCGCAACGAAUCGAUGUACAAUCCAUACUAUGCAGCUGUUACAGAGGCCUUUGCACAGAAUGACAAGCAUUUCGUUCACGAUCUCAUGAAAGCUCUCAGAAACACAUUACAAUUAUGUGUUAACUUUGAAACUCCACAAAUACGAAAUGCAGCAUUGUUUGCAUCAGAACUCACUGCAAAAGCAAUUGUUAACUUCUCGUUCCUCAAGGGUACACAGUUUGCAAGAUUGGAUACAAAACAACAAGUGUUUAUCAUGGUUUACUUCAGAGAGUAUUUCACGAGUGCAGAACCAGCAAUUAUUGAUGACGAAGUGUCAAAGUUAGAAGGUGGAUUUAGAAGAGACGUUGGUAAAUUCUUAGCGAAAAAGGUUUUGUCUUUCUGUGAAAAGUCAAAAGCUUUCACUCCUGAGAAAAAGACAAAAUUGAAUUCUGUUAUAUCUGAUUUAACAGCUAUAGAGUAA